AAUAUCCGUUCAGCUGGGGACUGUGGAUACGCACGAGCCGAAAGCAUGCGAAACCUUUAUUAAUUCCUCAGGGUUUAAGGUCAAUGCCAACUGAAUUCCUAUGUAGUCCCACGAUCCGUAUCCAUGCGAACCCAAGGACUCGAAAAUGGCGUUCACACUUUGAUUCAUCAAAAAUUAACACAUUCGCAUCCAUGAUUAUUAAUUAGGGUUUUUACACCACGGCAGACACUGCAUUCAGUCCCAUUCUACAGUGAUCAAAUUCGCUGUUCUGAUCUCGCGAGUUUACUCGUUCUGUUGAUUUGUAGUUUCCUUUUCUUGAAGUAAUUCGAAAAUUUGAGGGAGGUUUUCAGAUGGGAAAAGGAGGGGGCUGCGUUCCGAGCAAGAAGAAAAUGCCGCCCGUGGCUGCAGCUGACCCUCCGCGACCGGCAGCGGAAGCGCCGAUCGCCGUCGAAGACAGUGACGUCGGCGCUAAUUCAGAGGCGGCCACGGAAGAAGUUACUUCUUCGCAGUCGAUGGUGCCGAAAUUGAAGAUAUUCAUAGUGUUCUACUCGAUGUACGGGCACGUGGAGGCACUGGCGAGGAGGAUGAAGAAAGGGGUCGACGGGAUUGACGGAGUUGAAGGUCUGUUGUUCCGGGUUUCGGAGACGCUGCCGGAUGAAGUGUUGGAACAAAUGCGAGCGCCGCCCAAGGACGAUGAUGUUCCGGUCAUAACGGCGGAGGAGCUUGCGGCGGCCGAUGGGUUUCUGUUUGGGUUUCCGACCAGGUACGGGUCUAUGGCGGCCCAAAUGAAAGCGUUUUUUGAUUCGACGGGGCAGAUGUGGAAGGAGCAGAAACUUGCGGGGAAGCCGGCUGGGUUCUUUGUCAGCACCGGCACGCAGGGAGGUGGUCAAGAAACCACCGCUUGGACAGCAAUUACUCAGUUAGCCCACCAUGGAAUGCUGUUUGUUCCCAUUGGAUACACCUUUGGAGCUGGUAUGUUCAAGAUGGAUUCCAUUCGAGGUGGUUCUCCAUAUGGUGCUGGAGUUUUUGCUGGUGAUGGCACAAGAGAAGCAAGUGAAGCUGAGCUGGCACUUGCAGAGCAUCAGGGCAAGUAUAUGGCUGCCGUUGUCAAGAGGCUUGCUUUAUCUUGAUAAUAAGUUUUAUUUGAUGUAACUGGCUCAUAUAAAUCCACAUUGAGCUUUCCUGUUCAUUGGUUCAAAUAUUUCCUUUUGUGCUUGGUCCUGGCACUUGACCAUCAUACUUGAAGAACAAAGUUACUGCUGCCAUAUUUCAGUGGUAUAAUUCCUAUUACUAUUUUUUUUCUCAGUUAUCUCCAUUUUUAGAGCUGUACAUGGUUUGAAUUUUUUCUCCAUGAUUUAAUUGAAUAAUAAUGUUGAUUAGGGGAAUAUGUUCCUUCAA